UGCCCCUCAGCAGCCGCUUUGCUCACCUUUAUUCAAUACAUGGAGAAGACACAGACCUCGCGCUCGGAGGAGAAACCGGAGCUUCGCGAACAGGAAUCAGGAUGGUGUAUACCACGGCUCCACUCUUCUUGUCGGAGGAAGAAAGCGUCGUAGAGAUGAUCGGGAAGUAUUUCUCCCAGCUCACCUCCCCGGGCACGAGGAGCCCCUCAGCCCGGCGGGGGAGCGUCGAAAGCUGCGAUGAGACAGAAAACCCGCCUUUUGCCAACAGGGACGCAGGUUUGGAGCAUGGAGAGCGGCUCCUUCAGCAGAAAGUGACCCGGCAGAUGGAAUUCUGUCUCACAGAGGCUAAAGCUUCCACCCUCCACUGCCAGGUGCUGCUGCUUCCUCGCCAGAUGACUACAAGGGUGGGACAGGACGUGGUGAGCUCCUCAGCUGAUGAGCCCUGUGGGCUCCGGGGCGCCUGCAUCAAGGUCUACGUAGAGCACAAAGAUGGCCUGAAGUCUUUGGGGAGCAUCUUCCCAGACCCAAGUGUCACCCCAACAUUUGAACUGUCAGUGAUCUUCAAGGCGGACAAGGAGGACGGCUGGCCGGCCCUCAUGCACAUCUUUGAUACCAGCAAAGUGUUAAAGCUGAGACCAGAGUACCGACUGGUGAAGAGGAAGCUCUACUCCUCUGCCAGCCCGAUCAUUCAUGAUUUCACCUAGAAUCUAAACCCAUCCACUGUUCACCAUUCCCUUAUUUUUUUGAGUGAAGAUACCAAGGAAGUGGACUGUUCUUUAUUUCAUGUAUGGAUGUCUCGGAGGUCCCACUGCUUGUUUUGCUACUGUAGCCCACAUGAAGACAGUGUUUUGCACAGAAUGGCUGAAUGUUAAAGUUUACACUGUAGACAUAAACACUUCCUUGCAGGAACGGGCAGGUCUCACUCCUGAAGUGUGCUGUACUUUUAUUAUUUAUGCAAUUGUAAAAUAAAUGUUGUUUACACUAUGA